UCUCUUCCAUAAUCAUCCAAGAAGAAGAAGAGAAUUCCUUAUCGUAGCACUUUUGAUCCGGACCCACUCUUGAAGGGGAUUGUGCAGCGCCGGUUCGCCAUUGAUAUUGAAAUGCAUGAACCCCACCAACAUAACUUUAUUUCACUGCCAAAAUAUUCCAAAGGAUUUCUUCCGUUGAAAUGUACGUGACAGCUGCGUGGAUUUGGUUUUUGAAAGCAGAAGAAAAUCAUUCUUCCUGGAAAUUUCCUCAUCUCUUUUUCAUCUUUAUUCUUCUUCUCUGCUUUGGCUCCUGAAAAUCUAGCAUGUAUUUACCGCCAUGGAAUUAGAUCAUGAUUACGAUCUCAUGAAUACACUCUUCCACAACGGAUAUUGGAUAGAGAUUCUUCAGUCAACUCAAUCGGAUUUCCAUUUCCCUACCUUAAGUGAUCUUAAUCUCCCAGCUCCUUGUUACCUUCCUGAAUCAUCAUCAUCAUCGGAGAACAACAACAACAACAACUCCAGCAGUACUCUGACUCUCUCAAACAUGGAUGAAUUCGUCGGAUCGGAAGCAGCGUUCACGGUUGAAGAAACUGACAUGAGGAAGACGAAGAAGAAGAGAUUAUGGAUGGCACCUACUGUAAAUCCAUCUCCAGACAUCUCGGUGAAGAAGAGAUUAAUACAGGCGAUUGAAUACUUGAGAGAGUCUACGAAAAACAGAGAUGUUCUCAUUCAGAUAUGGGUGCCGGUAACGAGAAACGGCGAACAAGUGCUUACGACGAAUAAUCAACCGUUUUCAGUCAACCCUAGCUUCAAGAGUCUUUCUGAUUACAGAGACGCAUCCAGAAACUACCAUUUCGCUGCGGAAGAGAACAACUCGAAACAGUCGCUCGGCUUACCUGGUAGGGUUUUCUUGAAGAAAUUGCCUGAAUGGACUCCUGAUGUUAGAUAUCUUAAGAUUGAAGAGUAUCAUCGUCUUUAUCACGCUAGACAGUUUAAUGUUAGUGGAUCUAUCGCUCUUCCAGUCUUCCAACGAGGAACUGGAAAUUGCUUGGGCGUUGUUGAGAUUGUCACCACUUCUAUGCAAACCAAUUUUCAUCCUGAAAUUGAAAAUGUUUGCAGAGCUCUUGAGGCUGUUGAUUUAAGGAGUUCUAAGAUCUUAGGACCUCCAAGGGUUCAGGCAUGGCAUGAACACUAUGAAGCUGUACUGUUAGAGAUUCAACAAGUUCUUCGUGCAGUUUGCGAUACACAUAACUUACCCCUAGCUCAAGCUUGGGCUCCAUGUAUUCAACAAGGAAAAGGCGGAAGGAGACACUCCGACGAAAACUACACUUACUGUGUUUCCACCAUUGAUUCCGCUUGUUACGUCCCCGAUCCUCGGUUUUCAAUCUUCCACAAGGCAUGUUCAGAACACCACCUGUUUAAAGGACAAGGAAUCGCUGGAAAAGCUUUCACAACUAACCAACCAUGCUUCUCCGACGACAUCACAUCGUUUAGUGACACCGAAUAUCCUCUCGCUCAACACGCUAGAAGGUGUGGUUUAUUACGUGCUGCCGUCGCGAUUUGCCUCAGGAGCAUCCACACCGGUUCGGCGGAUUUCGUGUUGGAGUUCUUCCUUCCGUCUAGUUGCAUUGAUGAAGAUGAACAGAAACUGAUGCUUACCUCGUUAUCCUCUGUUGUACAAAAUGAAUGUCGAACAUUAAGAGUUGUAAUGGACGAAGAAUUAGCCGAAGAAAUUGUAAUAAAUCAUCAUCAAAUGGAAGAGACUCCUUCAAUUACUACUACUACCACUACGUCUUCUUCUUGGAUAGCUGAAAUGAUGGAGGCUCAAGGAAACGGUAAAGGAGUAUCCAUAUCGUUAGGUCCUUAUCAUCAUGAUCAAAAGGAGGAUGAAAUGAAACAAGAGUUUAAGAUAACAACAACAGAAUGGGAAUCAGGCGAUGCAGAGGACUUGCAAGCAUUCAAUCAGAACAACAGUUUUAAGAGAAGGAAGAAAACAGAGAAAACGAUAAGCUUACAAGUUCUUCGCCAGUACUUCGCAGGUAGCCUUAAAGAUGCAGCCAAGUGUAUUGGAGUUUGUCCGACGACACUAAAAAGGAUAUGCAGGCAACACGGAAUCACCAGAUGGCCAUCGAGAAAGAUAAAGAAAGUGGGACAUUCGUUACAAAAACUACAACUAGUAAUGGAUUCUGUUAAUCCAGGAGGCGGCUCAACCGCCAUUCAAAUCGGGUCCUUCUACGACAGCUUUCCAGAACUAGGUUGUAAUUCCGACGAGCAACAACAACAACAACAGCAACAAGAACAGCAUCAGCAGCAACAGCAGCGUUCAAGCUCAAAUUCAGCGACUGCGAGUGUAACAGUUAACAACGUAGGUUGUUCGAGUAGUAGUUCAUUGGCAGAAGUACAGAUUCAAACAACAGUUCCUCCUCCUCCUGAUCCUGAUCCUGAUCCUCAUCUUUCUCCACCAGCUCGUCCUGAAUUAGAAGGGAAUAGAGAACAGAUUCCAACAGUUGGGGUAAAAGCAAGAUAUAAAGAAGAUAAUAUACGGUUCAGCAUGCAAGAGAAAUGGGGAUAUGAAGAUCUAAUGGGAGAGAUUGGAAAAAGGUUUAAAGUUGAAGAUGUGUCGAGAAUGGGAUUGAAGUAUUUAGACGAUGAUUCAGAGUGGGUUCUUCUUACUUGCGAUGACGAUUUAGAGGAAUGUUUAGACAUUCAUAAAUCUUCUUCCAAGACUGCUCGGACAACUAUUAAACUAUCCGUUCAUGAUCAGCCACCGUUCACCGGUAAUUAAUCAAACCCUUUUAAUAAUGUUUGGAUUUCUUCUUAUUUAUAUUUGCAUAUCAUCCAUCCAUUGAUCGAUGGAUCUCUCUUCUUGGUUGUGUAUUAAAGUUUAAUAAAAUGUUUUGUAAACUGUCGAGAUAUAGAAAGCAUGCUGAGAUCAUGUAACAA